AUGGAUCCAUCUGGGGGGCCUCUCCGACCUCUCGACGACGCCUCAGUCCGGGAGCUGCCUCAGUUGCCAUUGCGUAUCGCGCCGUUGCGUGAGCCAGUCUCUUCACGGGCGCUCAGCGCCCCAGCUCCUUUAGAGCCCACCGCCAUCGCUGCAACGGACCCCAGUAUUCAUCCUCAGGCAGCAUCCAGCGCAGGAGGAGCAGGAGGCAAUCUGACCUCCAACAACCAGACAGACCUCCCGACGGUGAAAGAGUAUCUCCACGCCGCACGAACUAAACGUGCCGAGCCCUCUUCGACCGAUCUGCAAUCCAAUGUGGAAUCACCACCCAAGCCCAUUCUUCCGGCCUUUGUAAACCUGCGCGCCCUAGAACGCUUUCCAUUCUCAUCUUCCUUCGACGAUGAUGCUCUGCAUGGACCGCGCAAGCGUCGGCGCAUAGAUCUACAACCGGAGUCUUUUAGCGAACACCUCCAGUUACCUAUUCCACAGGCUCACAAGGAGCCUCGUCCGCCGCCAUUUGGACCUUUUGCCAUUCUCAAUGGACUCAACGAGCCGCCGCCCAAUGCGGCCUUGCUGCCACCCAUCGAGGCUGGCUCUUCCAUCUCUCAGCUCCUGAACAAGCCCUCGCGGCGUGAUGAUGCUCUUGGCGAGGCGGGCAAUAUAAGCUCCGCGACCCCGACGGCAGGCCAACUUUCGGAUGCCCGGCCGUCUGUAGAAAGACCUGAAGUCAGGGGUGCUGAGCGUCUCGCAGCAGGUCUAGUCGAGAGUAAUCAUCAGGUCGACCAUCUCCGUCAAGAUCAUGUGCUACGCACGCAAUUUGAACCUGACGGCCGCCUUGAUGAGACCAGACCUGCCCGCGCAACAAAGGUUCUCACGGGGAAUGAGCUUAAGCCUCAAGAUGCGCCAGACGAGGAAGAAGAGCCAAUGUCUCCCAAGACUAGGGGGCGGUCUCGUAAGAAUCUGCGAAAAUGGACCGAGGAGGAAACCAAUGCUCUCCUUCGCGGUGUAGUCAAAUGUGGAAUUGGUAAUUGGACUGCAAUCCUCGCUCAGCCUGAGCUCAAGUUCAAUAAGCGUACAGCUUCAAAUCUGAAAGACAGAUUCCGAGUGUGUUGUCCAUGGGCGUAUCGCGCAUCUGACCCUAACGAAGCCAUCAAGUUGUUGCGAGAUCAGCUCGCCAACUCGAUGCUCAAAGCUCAAGCCGGCGAUUCUACCAACAAGCCCGGCAGUAUAACAUUACCCCCCCAAUGGCUGCUCCCGUUAGACCUGACAUGUCCUCCAGUCAUGGUAGUACUCCUGGCAGUGCAUACACGACCUCCUCGGGGUCUAGGAAUCACUCCAGGCUGGAAGUCCUCAGUCAGCUCAGAUCAAUCUCAAGCCUCUCUUGCUUCUCUAGGUCUCCCAGAAGCUCACGUUGCUACGAAGGUCAAACGGCGCUCUCGUCGCCCAUUUACAACAGCUGAAGAUGAGGCCUUGCUCAAAGGUUAUGCCAUUCACGGUUUCCAAUGGACCCUGAUUCAACAGGACCAGAGAUUCAACUUGGGUCACCGCAGAGCGACAGAUUUACGUGAUCGAUUUCGAACCAAGUUCCCACGUGCAUACCGUGAGGGAGGAACCGUCCGCGGCACCACUCCGAAUCUCCAAUCCCGGGAUGAGGCUAGCUCUGCAACCCCUCAUAGCGCUGGACCACAUGAUCAAGGUUCUCUUGAUCCGCCAACCUUGGCGAAGAAUUUACCAUUUGCACAUGGUCCGCCAAAGGCCCUUCACCAGCCGCAGCAGCAGCAGCAGCAGCAGCCCAGUGCUCAGCACUCGAACCCCGUGCCUUUUGAGUCGGCCCUAUUGCCUCCACCUCCCAAUUACUAUGAGCAGCAACCCAAUUCCGGGCCUGGAAACUCUACAGUUCCACCAGAUGACAAUGCUGCAGCAGGAACCUCCUCAUGGGAGGAUAACACCCUCGCGCCUAUGAUAUGGGAUGACCUGAGUUGA